CGAGAGGUGUGUGUGUGUUGGUGUGUGUGUGUCUGAGAGAGAGAGUGACCGUGUGCAUAUGUACACCGGGGGACGCUGCGUCGACGCGAUGCGCUGCACUUUGGCGGAGUGACAGCGGGACGCGGCGGCCGAGCGCGCGACAUGAGCCGUGGACGGCGAUCCCCGGGGGGUCUCCGGCGCGCGCUACACUGUAGCAAACAGGGCAACGCCGGCGGUGUGGCAAACGCGGUAACCGCGUCGCGAACAGAGUAAUACAGCGGCAGCGCGACACAGACUGAGCGGCCGAGUCGUCGGCGGUGUGAGAAACGGGGUUUCGGGGCGGCGCGAGGAAGGAUGUGGCUCGAGCCCGAGGAGGUCCUGUUGAAGACGGCGCUCAAGCUGUGGGUCACCGAGCGCUCGAACCGCUUCUUCCUGCUGCAGCGGCGGAGGGGCCACGGCCACUCGGGGGGCACGUUCACAGGACUACUGGUGGGGGCCCUGGACACGAUGCUGGACUCGAACGCCCGAGUUGCCCCGUACCGCAUCCUCCUGCAGACGCCGGGGUCACAGGUCAGCUGGGUCAUCGCCAGCGGAGCUGCGGCGGAGGAGAUCAACAGGCACUGGGACUGGCUGGUCCAGAACCUGCUGCAGUUGCUCUCGGUGUUUGAAAACGAGGAGGACGUCGCGAGUUUCGUCAAAGGCAAAGUGAAGGGCCUGAUCGCCGAGGAACUCGGGGGCAAGCGGACCGUGCAGGAGGACGACCCGGAGAAGUUUCGCGAGGCCCUGCUGAAGUUCGAGCUGCGCUUCGGCCUGCCUCCCUCCGAAAAGCUGGUGGCCCACUACUCGUGCUGCUGCUGGAAGGGCCGCGUGCCCCGGCAAGGCUGGCUCUACCUCAGCACCAACCACAUGGCCUUCUACUCCUUCCUGCUGGGAAAGGAAGUGAAGAUGGUGAUCCCUUGGGUGGAGGUUACCAGGCUGGAGCGGGUCUCCACCACCCCCCUGAGAGACACAAUCCGCGUGACGACACGCCGCCGGCAGCGUGACUUCUCCAUGUUUCUGAGCUUGGAGGAGGUCUUCAGCACCAUGGUGCAGCUGGCCAACAUUGCGCUGCGCAGGUUGCUGGACAAUGAUGGCUUCGAGCUGGACCAGGUCCUCCAGCAGCCCGGGGACAUCACCAAGAGGGUUCUGGAGCAGCAGGCCCUCAAGGAGUACGUCCUGGCCCAGUUCUGGCUGCCCCGCCAGGAAUCCCUGCAAGAUGUGGCCACCUGUUUGCUAUGGACUCCCCACGCUCGCUGCCACACGCCCGGAACCCUCUACACCACCGACAGCUACCUGUGCUUCGCCAGCAAGGAAGAAGGCCUCUGCACCCUGCUCGUCCCCCUGGCCGAGGUGGUUUCCGUGGAGAAGCCGGAGAACACGAGCUCGCUGCCCGACCCCGUGAUCAUCAGCGUACGUGGCAAGCGGGCCUUCCAGCUCAUCGAGCUGCGGGAGCGUGACACGGUGGUGGAGAGCCUGGCGAAGCGAGUCCGCGUCCUCAGGGUCCAGGAUAGGAAGUCCCUGGUCGUCAACGUGCCAAGUCACAGCUGCCCCAACCCCUUGGAGUCCAAGGGAAAGGAGACGGAUGCCAGUGAACAAUCGGCACACGUGGUCAACGCCGAAGCCCUGAUGUCGGUCUUCCACAGCUCGUCACCGGGCGCCCACAGGAGUCCUUUCCCCAAGGAGGAGGCGAAAGUGCGCUCGUGGGAGGACCACUUCUCAGAGUACGGGCGCGGCGUCCACAUGUUCCGCACCGAGAAGGCCUGGAAGCUGGUUGCCAUGGGGAUCCCGGAGACCUUGCGGGGAGAGUUGUGGUUGACAUUCUCUGGAGCUGCGGUGGAAAUGGCGGCCCACCGGGACCACUACGGCAGCCUGCUGCGCAACUCGAUGGGCGUGAGCAGCCUGGCCACAGAGGAGAUCGAGCGGGACCUCCACCGUUCGCUGCCCGACCACCCAGCCUUCCAGAACGAGGCCGCCAUCGCCGCCCUGCGCCGCGUCCUCACCGCCUACGCCCACCAUAACCCCGAGAUCGGCUACUGCCAGUCCAUGAACAUCUUGGCGUCGGUGAUGCUGCUCUACACCAGAGAGGAGGAGGCCUUCUGGCUGCUCGUGGCCGUGUGCGAGAGGAUGCUGCCCGACUACUUCAACCGCAGGGUCAUCGGCGCCCAGGUCGACCAGUCCGUGUUCGAGGAGCUGAUUCGGGAGCGGCUGAGCGAGCUGGCGGAGCGCGUCCCGGACCUGUGUCCCCUGUCCUCCGUGUCGCUCUCCUGGUUCUUAACGCUCUUCGUCAGCGCCAUGCCCUUCAGCAGCGCCGUGCGCGUCGUCGACUGCUUCUUCCUGCACGGCGUCACGGCCGUCCUGCGCCUGGGCCUGGCGGUGCUGGACGCCAACGCCGACGCGCUCGCCGGCAGCACGGACGACGGCCAGGCCCUCAUGGUGCUCAACAGCUUCCUGGAGGGGGUGCGGAGCGAUGAGGACCCCUCCCCCUCCCCCACGGAGGGCCGGUCGGCAGACGGCACGCAAAUUGGGGAUGUGAUCAGGGACUCGUACGAGAAAUUCAGAGACCUGACUGUGCGCCAGGUGGAGCAGCUCAGGUGGAGACACAGGAUCCAGGUGCUGCAGGUGCAUGAGGACACGGCCAAGGAGAAUGCGCUGAGGGUGGUGACCCCGGACGUGUCCAUCUCGCCGGAGGACCUGGGGGACCUGUACGACCUCUUCAAGACGGAACACUUCAUCCGCCUGUACUGGGGCGUCGAGGGGUCCUACCGGCCGCAGCGGCACCACGACCCGAGCUGGCCGUACGCGGAGCAGUACCGCCUCGACCGGUCCCAGUUCCUCAGCCUCUACGGGCUCCUGGCGCCCUGGCUCUGUGGACCGCACACGGACACCGUGGCCCGGCGCACCUUCGCCCUGCUGGACCAGGACCAGGACCUCCUCGUUGGCUUCCGGGAGUUUGCCGUCUGGCUGGACAAGCUGUACGCUGAGGACCUGAAUGAGAAGAUCAGGCUCCUGUAUCGGCUGCACAUUCCGCCUGCCCUCAGCGAAAACGAGGACAGCACCUCCUCGCUGAAGAGUCCUCUGCUGUCCACCACGAGGCCCCUGUGUGUGGAGCUGCCCAACGGCGAGACGGAAAGCUACCAGGAGCGUCUCAAGCAGAUGCUGAGGGACCUGGCCGAGGAGAAGGAAAAUGAGAAGAAGGGGAAGGAGGAGCUGUUGCCACCGAUGAAACAGUGGGAGUUUAUCCAGUUCUGCAAGACCCUUUACAGCAUGCUGGAGGGUGACAGCAAUGAGAACGAGCUCUCGCAGGCCAUCGCCACGGUCACCAGCCUGGUGCUGCGCAUCGGUGAGGUGGAUCACAGGAGCCGCUGCACGGAGGACGACAGCGGGGCCAAGGGGCCCGAGCCAGACAGCGAGUGGACCGUCAGCUUCGCUCAGAUCAUGGCAUCGCUCCUCACAGAACAGGCCCUCGUCACCUUCUUCGAGACGCCGAUGGACCUGCGGGCCAAGAUCGCCAGUGCCAGGGUGAAGCAGUACCACGAGCGGGUCAGCUCCCCGGUACCUCAGCAGGGCGUCGGUUCUGACUGAGUCCCCUCUGGCACAGAAUCCACAGGGCGUUCCUUCUGCCCCACUCCCAGUGAGACCAUGUUUACAUUCCAAGACCAGAAACGUGCCACAAGACACACCUUUACAGACGUCUCGUUUAAGAACCAAAUUUUUCGUUCCUGCCAGCUGUUAAACCAAAACAAACCUAAACUGAACUGUUUCUGCAGGGAUCAAGUGCCAGGCUUGCUGAUACUGUCUCUUUAAAAGGAGGAGAGUUCAGGAAGCCCCACCCCUUAAAGGAGCAGUACACUGUCUGUACUGCAUGUGUGCUGCUUCAGCUUUUUCGGAGGAAACAGAGCAAGACUGCAGCAAGAGGAAUGGUCUUAGAUUCUGUUUUUAGUAUUAAAUCCUGGUUUUAUGGAAGCUGUAAAGCUUUGAACUCCGUCCUUCCCCGGGAGACAGGAUGUUGCAGGUUCAAGUCCCAAGGUUGCAGGAAUGACCUGAAUAUGAACCCUGGGUUUAUGCCUUAUGUGCCUCUUCUAACUCUUGUAAAACAUGUAAGAAUAAUCUUACAAGCUUGAAGUCUGUCCUUUUCAAAUAAGUCAGUAGAGCUUCCAGACAUUGAUUUAUAAAGCAGUUUUAUCAGUUUUUAUAAAGUCACAGUCUUAACCAAAUGUUUGAUUUUUGUUACACAAUAAAAUGUGAAACUGAAACCUCAUUCCUUUGUGUGGUGUGCAUACCAUGAUGAGGUAUACAUAUCUUAUGCUGACAACUCAGAUUUUAACAAAAAAUUCCAACAGACCAUAUGGAAUUCUGUGCAUGUGUGUAUUUUCAUUUUGUCUUCUGUUGUGAGGCAGAACAGUUUUUGAUACAUUCUCCAGGAACCUCGAGUUCACUUAACACACUCAACCUGUCAAGGCCCAUGCCAUCUGGAGAGGCUAUAUCUACAUUUCUUUGACAUGUUAGACUACUUACACUGUGUUAACCAUCUGUUCACCUGGGUAACUUUUACUGUUGGAAUUUAGGGACAGUGCCGUGAAUCAGAGGUCCUACAGCAGUAUAGUGGACGAAAUACAGGAUAUGGCAGCACAAAACCACCUAAAGUUAAAGAGCUCAAUGUGACACAGCACCUCUGCGCGUCAAGAACCCUUAUGGGAAGAAGCAGAUAUGUAGCAAACCAAAAACAUUUGGGAUUAUUUCCUGAUCAAGUGGUAUAAGCACUUUGUCCUUCUGCUCAACACUGAAUGUUGCUAAUGAGACUGAAAAGCCAAAAGCAAGACUCUCCGCAUUACACAUUAGGUCAGAAUGUGGUAAGACAGCACUGGGCGGCUUCGCUUCAGAAGUGUAACCAGCACAGCACGAGAUAAAUUACCCAAAACAAGUGAGAGAACAUGAACACGUUAAUAGAACACCCAGAGUCAUGCUGGGAAAGUGAAAUAUUUCAGACAAGAAAGGGGGAAAAAAAAAAAAAAAAAUUUGUAAAGUGCACAGCUGCCACUUUUAUCUCAAAUGGUAAAAUUUAGUGAAAUUGUUGUGAAGGUCGAGACGCAAAGGAAAAUACAUUCAACACUUGAGACUGCACAAGUCUUUUCUAGUAUCUCUGCCAGCAUAU